CAUGAAAAAUUAUUUAAACUUUGUUACCUUCCCUAACAAAUAAAGCCCUAGCGGCCUAUAUUCGAAUUACAAAUACAACUAUUUUCUCCUCCCCGUCACAAAACCUUUCCAAUUCCUUAGCUCUAGAAAUCUCUGCCUCUUUUGAUUUUGCUGGUUUUGAGCGUGAGACAGAGAGAAAGUGAUUUCAGAGAAACAAUGGAAGUAAGCGAAAGAGAAAGCUCAAUAGUACCAGACUCGGCAAUGGAUUCAGUGAAGAGAACAUUGGUCCACGUAGAAGAAGUAGAAGCUACCUUGCCUGACUUUUUGUCUCUCUCCGACCCAGAAGUUCUCUCCCAAAUGCAACCUCUACAACGUGCCCAGUCUCUGCUUUUGCUCGCCAAAAUCACUUCCACUCUCUUCGCACUGAAAUUGAGAUGUACUGGAGUUCACCCGGAUGACCAUCCCGUCAAAUCCGAGCUUGAAAGAGUAAACUUAUACCAAGAUAAGCUAGAACGGUUUAUAGAUUUGAGCAAAGCGCCACUUCGACCUUCUACUACCUUGAACACUCGGGCUGCAACACGUUUUAUUGAGCAUUCUUUGCCUGACCUUAACCCAGAGCAGAAGCGAAAUAUGAGAGAUAUUAGUAGAAGAGAGGGUAAAGCAGUUAAUCGUAUGGAGAGGAAUCUCCAAAAGAAGAGGAAGUAUCAAUCAACUGAUAAACAGUCUGUUCAAACUGCUGCAAAAGAAUUUCUUGAGAAAGCCGCCCGAGAACUUCUUGGUGAUAAUAAUAACGGUUUUAAGGGACCUCUGAGGGCAGAGGCCUCAGAUCAAGAAGACUUGCCUGAUUGCUGAGACCAAAUCGAUCAAAUUUUGUUAUUGGCUUCAAAGGAGUAGUAUAUAUUUAUAGCAUCAUUCUGUCCUCAUGGAGAAGUUCUUUUGCGAAUCAAAUUUUCUCUGGUUGAUUGGCUAACAAGAUGAACAAAUUGCUAGAGAAAUGUAGCAUUUUGCUAAUCCUUUCAUGGGAAAGGUGUUCAAAUGGUCGUCCAAUGAACAGAUACAUAUUUAUAGUCUGCCAUUUUUGAAACUUGAUAUAAUUUUAGACCUUUUCGGAAUUGGUUCAUGAACAUUUUAUCUUGGUAACUUCAGCUUUUAUUUUCUCUUUUCCUUUUGGCAAAGAUUGAAGAGGAAAGGGUUUUUUUUUCUUUUGUUAUUUCCUCCCAACAUAAAAUUGGCAGCUUAUUGUUUGUUAUACACUUUGUAUAUGAUUUCAAUAUUUGGUUUAUAAGGAUGAAUGUUUAGAUUCUGAA